AUGGCUAACUAUCCUGAGCCACCAACGAAUCUAUCCCAGUCACAUGCAGCACCCGCCUUUGGACUGGGAUUGCAUCAUGCAGAGGACCCCUCCACAGAACUGGAAGAACCGCCAGUGGAAGAGAUUAAGCGACCCCGGGCUUGUGAACCCUGUCGCCAAUUGAAAGUCCGGUGCGAUCCCGACCUGUCGGAUCCAAAUGGCGCUUGUAAACGGUGCGCUAAAGCACGGCGCCAAUGUAUUGUUACACCACCGACACGCAAGCGCCAGAAGAAGACGGAUAGUCGGGUGACGGAGCUGGAGCGUAAAAUUGAUGCUCUGACUGCUACGAUCCAAGCGUCGCAUCACUCGCAGCUUGCAGUGGGCGGAGACACUAGCCCAGGCACACAGCAGGCUCAGUCGCAGCCGAGCCGCGAGCAACAUUCGAGGCAGUCACGCGAGGACCAGAACAUGACAGGGAAAAAGCGGCAUCAUGAUGGCUUUUUGGUUUCCCAGUAUCCUCGUCCUAAUAGCCCGUCUGCAGAACAAAUAUCCAAAGAGCCUGCUAAGCACUGGCGGGUUCCAAUCGCUGGGGAUUUCUCGCCUGGACCUAAAUCUGAUGCUGGGAAUGAGUUUGUGGACGUGAUCGACAGAGGCAUGAUUGAUAUGGAUACAGCUCAGGCUGCUUUUAAUCGCUAUAUAGAGAAGAUGGGAGUUGAGAUGCCCUUUGUGGUGUUUCCCCCAGGUACGACGAUGGGCAAAGUUCGCCGCGAGAAACCGACACUUUUCCUAGCCAUUCUUGGUGUUGCAGUGGGAGCUGUCAAAAAAGACCUUCAAAUGUCCCUGAUCAAUGAGUCUUAUAGAUUAAUUGCGGAAAAAGUUGUCGUCAAGGGCCACAAGACCCUCGAGAUCGUGCAAGCUCUGCUGGUUGCUUCAACCUGGUACAUGACGCCUGAUAAUUUGGAGGAGCUUAAAUUCUACCAAUUAAUUCAUAUGGCUAUUGUGGUGGGUAUGGAGCUGGGCUUGAAUCGUCGAUCAAAUGGAGAUUUGAAAAUCGUACGCAUCCGGGAGAUCAUCUUAAAAAGAAAAACAGCACCAACUACCGACUUGGAAAAUCCUGAAGCAAGACGAACAUGGGUGGGCUGUUACUUCCUAGGAAUCCUGUCAGCGAUAGCCUUGAGGCGAGAUCAGCUUGUGCGAUGGCAGCCGUACAUGGAUGAGUCUUUGCAAAUAUUGGAAAGCCAUCCCGAGGCUGUAUCGUCUGAUCGCCAAGUCAUCUGGUGGGCGAAGUUAGGGUGGAUUAUGGAACAAGCGGGUUUGCAGCUUACCACGGAUGACACGCAGUCAAUUGUGUCAUUUACAGAUAGCAAAGUGCGGUACACCAUCAAGGCAUUUGAAAAUCAACUUGCCCAGUUCCGGAGGGAUAUCCCAGCAGAGUUCUGGACCCCUAUAUUGGCCCACACAUAUCAUGCGCUCGAUCUUUUCGUGCAUGAGAGCGUCAUGGGAGUUGACUGUCGAUCAAGUGUCUUUCCCGACUCUUCCAAUGAAGGCCUGCCUGGCACAAUGAUGACACCAGUCAUUGAAGCUCUUACCUCGUGCCUCAGCUCUAUCCAUAGCUCUUUUGACAUAAUCCUCAGUAUCGACGUGGAAAAAAUCAGAUAUUUGCCGACAAUGGCCUUGGCUCGGACGGCGUACCCAGUCGUCAGUCUAAUCAAAAUUUACUCCCUUCUCACGGCCCCGGGCUCCCAGAUUGGCCAGGUGAUCGACACUCAAAGCCUUAAGGUGGAAUACUAUCUCAACCGAAUCAUCAGUCACUACCGGGCAGCUGCGGCUCUUGAUGGUGGCCGGGUGGCAGGCAAGUUCGGAAAUAUCAUCAUGAUGCUGCGAAAUUGGUUCCUCAAGAAGAGGGAGAACGGCCCGGAGCUUCGGGAAAUAUUCGGCGCUGACAUGCAUGAUCCGAGGGAUAAGCAACCCAUGCGACAUGGUAACACGCCCCUGCACGUCCUCAGCGAUCUCGCCAUGGGCGAUCCGCGCUCGGGAAAUCUUACACAUCAAUCGAAUUCCAAUCAAGGAUCCAUCUACUCGCCAUUGAAUCUAAACCAGGAUAUGAGCCGCAAUCCCACGACGCCAGCUACGAGUUUUGGAACAGUAGAACCAUCCACACAAUGGUCCCUAGCACCCGUGACGCCCAAAAUGUCCACAGUUUCCAACGACUCAGGCACGGGAGAUAGAUCAUUCUAUCAGUCAUUCACACCAAAUCCAUCGCAACCGUACGGGAUACCUGUGGCGAGACAGUAUUCCAGAAUGGCAGGGGUAGGGGAUGGGCCCAUCUCGCAGCCGAUGGGGAUACCUGAGUUACCAGCAGAGCCAGCUUUCGAUCCGAAUCUGGCUUUACUGGGAAAUAUGAUGGACGAAGGGCUGUUAUCGUUUCCGUUUGCCUUUGAUGGAAAUUUUCAGCUUUAUUAA